UACGACUACAUGGAGGCCUACGACGGCUACGACAGCACCGCGCCCAGGCUCGGCCGCUUCUGCGGCUCCGGGCUGGGUGUUCUACAGAUGUGAGACACAAGCCAGUUACACCAGCAAGAAAGGAGCUUGCCGAGGGCGGCGUCCGGAGAAGGUUCUCAGGAGGCUGUCAGAAAUGAGUUUCUCACUGAACUUCACACUGACGACCAACACGACUUCCUCCCCAGUUGUUACAGGUGCGAAAGAAGCAGACUGUGGGCCUUCUCUUGGGUUAGCAGCCGGCAUCCCGUCCCUGGUGGCCGCAGCCCUGCUGGUGGCUUUACUGUUUAUACUGAUUCGCCGAAGAAGCAGCAGCAAGGAGUCCGCCGAGGAAAGUGAGAGGCCAUGUGAAAUUUCAGAAAUCUAUGACAAUCCCAAGAUUGCUGAGAAUCCUAGGAGGUCACCCACACAUGAGAAGAAUAUUACGGGAGCAGAAGAAGCCCACAUAUAUGUGAGGACUGUAGCAGGAAGUGAGGAACCCAUGCAUGACACUUACCGUCCUACUGUUGAAACGGAGAGAAGACGGGGAUUGUGGUGGCUUAUGCCCAGACUGAGUCUGGAAUGACGCAUUUCAGUCAAGGAGAAGAUAUGGAGCUGGAACAGAGCUGAAAACCCAUGGAUUUUUGCUCGGAAUGAGGAGAGAUGCCAAGCUGCUUCUUAACCUAUCUAAAUUUCAUGUGUAGAUCUGGAAAACUUUCAGGUUGGUUUGUCUCUGUAGGUGACAGAGCUAAAGGUUCAUUCCAACACUCGGAUCUUGUUGUUUAAUAAGCAGUGAAGCACCAAGUGAGGUCCAGAAGGAGCCCUUUGAUCCUAUUCCUGACCUAUGCUUUUCUUUUCUUUAUGAUUUUGGGGAAGGGAUUUGAUUUCUUCUGUGUGUUUUGCCUUAUCUUUUUUCACAUCUCUUUUCUCAAAAAAAAAAAAAAAUCAUCAGACCUGGCUUCUGUGGGAAGGUUGGCCAAGGUCAGCAUGGUGCAAGUUGGGAUAUAAAUAAAACUUAAAUUGGAUUAUGAGGGGAAGCAGUUUCUUAUUUCUGAACAUCUCAAGGUAGAAAUCCUGUGGAGCCAUAUGUUCCCUGACUACAGGGGUAGCACAUGCUCCCAUUUGUGU